UCCCAAUCGCUCCCACCCGUUGAAUUCCAAAAGGUGGUUCCCGCAAGUGUUUGCGGUUGCGGGUGUUUGCGGUUGGAAUUUAAAAAAAAAAAAAAAAAAAAAAAAAAAAAACCAACGAUAUUUUUUUUUCUAUCUUCUAUAUAUGUUUAACACCUUCUCAACCCUAAUCAAGCCGUAACCCUAGACUCUCAAACCUCCAAAUUAUGGCGUCAACCCAAGGUGAUGAAAAUCAAGAUGGAAACGUAAGUAUUGAUCAAUCUCUUUUAUCAUUCAUUAUAUGUUAUAUAUGUGUAACUCUUUCUAUUUUUUUCAUAGCAUCAUCUUUUUCAUUCUAUAUAUUGUUUUGAGUUUGGUGAUUGAAUAUAUGUCUCAACUUGUUUUCUCGAAUAGAAAAUUAGCUGGUCAGACGACAUGACUCGUUUGUUGUUAGAUUUGAUAACGCUAGAGAAACAAGCUGGAAAUUCUAUAGGCAACAGUUUAAGUGAGAAAGGAAAAGAAAACGUUCUUACAGAAUUUAAAAAGGAAUUUCCACUAACCUUAAACUGGAACAAAAUUAAGAAUAGACUUGAUACUUUAAAGAGGCAAUAUGAACUGUAUCGUAAAAUCACGUUUGGAGCAACUGGACUCGGAGUUAAUCCAAGGACAGGAAGUCUUGAUGCCCCUGAUCAUUGGUGGAAAGAUAAAAUUAAGGCUUAUCCUGAAGCUUCGAGACUCCGGUCGCACCCACUGCGGUUUAUACCGCUUCUUCAUGUGGUCUUCCGAGAUGAAACGGUUGUGGUGGAGGAGUCAUGGCAACCAAGACGUGGUGUAAAUCGUCAUGCUCCAUUAGUUGACGUAAGUGAGACUGAACGUACAAACGAAGAAGACGAGAGAGAAGAUAUGAUGCGUGAGAACGAACCUCAUCAUAUGGAAACAGAAGACCCAGAUUGGAUGUCACAAAUUCCGAGGGAAAACUCUGCAAAUCCAAAUUCCGAGGCGGAACCAUCAUUUGCAUCCAAAGAGACAUCUUCUACGCACACUCAGGAGAAAAGAAGUCGAAACCGAAAGCGUAAACAAAAUCCAGUAGACUCGACGCUCGACCGUAUUGCUACUACUAUGGAAGACCGAAAUGAUAUUCUAGAGCAAAUGACAAAUGCAAAGUCAAAAUCUCAGUCAACAAAUUCAACUGAAGAACAAAUGGCUCUUGUUGUGAAACAUGUGAGGGCAGUACCGGAUCUGGUUCCGAUGUCGGAGCUUUAUUGGGCAUCUCUUGAUCUUAUUGCAACAAAUGAUGUUGUGCGCGGUUUAUUUCUUGCUCUCCCAGAUGACGAGAAGCUACCUUUUCUAAAGAGACAAACCAAGGAGUCUCGUAAUGAUUUUGCUUGA